AUGGACUAUUGUGAAAAGUCCAGUGGUUGCUGGCGAGCAAUCGACAAUUUUCAGAAGGCCAUUUUCUCUGACAUUAGGAAGAUGGCCAUACCAAACGGCAGAGAAAAAAUAUCAGCAGAAAUGGUCCUUAACAAGAUAGAAAACGUUAUCCUAAUCAUGGUACGACAGAUAAGCAGUGGCGAGCCCCCGACUCUGAUCUGCAACAGUCGGACAUCAUGGGACAAUAUUAGGUUUGAGGAAGACUAUGGGUUGAUGAUGCGGAGGCAAAUGAAAAUGACAUCAAUAAGGUUUAAUUCUCAAACAUCUGUAAAGAAACUCGGACUGAUGAUGAAAGUUCUAGGCAUCAUUUACAGACUGGUCCAGACAGGGAAACAUUGCACCAAAAGAGAUAUUUAUUAUCAGGACGUGUCUGGCUUCGGAAGUCAAGCACAGUUGGACGAGACAGUGGACAACAUUUCCUGUUUACUAGACACACCACGAUGGUCCCUCCAUGUGUUGGCUUCGUCCAAAGGUUGCAUUGCUGGGGAUUUGUCUUUUCAAGAUGGCGACGGAAAUUUGGUCGACUGUAAAACCACUCGCACGGGAGUGAUGGUUCCUAAUGACGUACGAGCUUUGAAAUAUUUCCAUACGGAUGCUUCUUUUAUCCUUGUUGUUGAGAAGGACGCCACCUUCCAAAAUCUCAUAGACAACGGAUUCUGCACGAAGCUUGGUCCAGCCAUAUUGAUUACGGGCAAAGGGUUUCCUGAUGUGAAUACCCGUAUGUUAUUAAGGACGCUAUGGGAUACCUUCCACAUACCAGUCAUGGUUUUGGUAGACGCCGAUCCCCACGGUAUUGAGAUAAUGUCUAUCUAUAAGUACGGAUCAAGGGCAUUGUCUCACGAAUCCAGUUAUCUGACGGUACCAUCCCUCUGCUGGAUAGGGGUUUUACCCAGUGAUGUAACAAGGUUGAGUGUUGGCAAAGAAAAUCUAUUACCAAUGACAAGGGCUGACCACGACAAGGCAUUCGAACUUAAAUCACGCCCUUACUACUGUCAGUCCGCUAGUUUCCAGAGGGAAGUGGACAUUCUAUUGCAGACUGAUUGUAAGGCAGAAAUACAGUGUUUAGAAUCCAUCUCAACUAACUUUCUUAUCGACGUCUACCUUCCUGGUAAACUUCAGCAUGGCGGCUGGAUUUAA